CAAGAGUGCAGUCGCAACUGGUUCAAAGUGGUUAUUGCGCUCACACAAGUGAUUUUGUGGUUCGAACUGUGCUGCACAUAAAGUUGUUUCGAUGAACAGUAGUCUCAGCUUCCCAAACCUGCGAAGUGGACGAUCGACGUUGCCAGAAUGAUCCAGCCUACUCUGUGGGCCAAAGAGGUGAGAUGAAGUACUCAUCUGGUACCCAGGGGCGGGAUGCUAUAGUUCUGGAUGACCUCAGAGCCUCGACUACGCCCUCCCAGGAGCCUUCAGCCCCGCCUCCCCAUCGACAAGCACACACCACCUCCCCACCUCUCUCACUAUCGCCUGCGAUAGCAGCCUUGAAGUUUGCUUGCGCAUACUCUGGCACAUCGUCGUCGAAGUUGUUUGGCUGUCGCCACACAGCAGGCACACCAGCUUCUUUGGCCUCCUUGAGCAGCUGCUCGGUGACAGCUGGUGGUGUGCAGUGUAGCUGAAAAACUUGACUGGCAGGCGUUGAUUUAUGAGUUUGAUCGCAAUUCUCAUAAGAGUACGAGGGGCGAUUUCAGCCUUAGGGGUAUGUGGUCGAUCAUCAAGGCCGCUAUCAGGAGCGGCGCGCCAGGACACAUCCGUG